AUGGCACCUCCUCUAAGUAUUCACAGGGUUGUAGUUGUUUCUCUUUUUCUUCCGUAUACAGUUUCUUUCGAUAUUGAUAAAGAGAGAGAAGUUACAUACUCUCCAGUUGAUAUUAAUUUGACGGUUCCAAAACCAAACCUCAUUGAAAGACUGGCGGCUAAGCGUGCUGACGGACCCGUUACCCCCAGUCAACAAAUUGAAGAUCCAAUUAAUAAGCUCUUCCCUUCGAAAGGACCUAUAACUCCACCACCGGCAACUGGGCGAAUUCAACCUCGUAGUCGCGCACAAAAGCCGGAGUUAGAUAAUAAAAGAUUUUCACCUCUUCCUCUUUCCUCACGUCGUGUUUCAAUUGAUAGUACGAAAGUUUUCGAUGAAGCUCCCUGGACUGUUGAGCCUUGUACACAGGGCAAUAUCGGUUUGCAAAAUGCUAUAAACUCUGUUGCCCAUAGCUUUACUAAACGCGUCUGGAUAGGAACUCUUGGCAUGCCUACAGACGUGCUCACAGAAAAGACGCGAGAGGAUAUUCGUGCCAAAAUGACGACAGAAUAUGAUUCAAUUCCUGUAAUUGUCGCAGAUCAUGAUAUUGAAGGACAUUAUAAUCAGUUUUGUAAGCAAGUUCUGUGGCCUACUUUUCAUUAUGUUCUUCCAGAAAAUCCAAAGAAUAAAAUUCAGGAUGAUAAAGAUACUUCAUGGAAACAUUAUGUUGCAAUCAAUCAAUCCUUUGCUGAUACCAUCACGGAGAAUUAUCAGCCCGGUGAUAUAAUUUGGGUCAAUGAUUACCAUUUAUUGUUGGUCCCUGGAAUGAUCCGUAAAAAGCUCCCAAACGCGAUGAUUGGAUUUUUCCUUCAUAUUCCUUUCCCAAGUUCGGAAAUCUUUAGAUGUUUACCUGUACGCAAAGAGUUACUUGAAGGUGUUCUUGGAGCAGAUCUAAUCGGGUUCCAGACCUAUUCUUUUGCUCGUUAUUUCCUUCAGACUUGUUCUCGAAUAUUGUCAUUAGAGACUACUCCUAAAGGAAUUCAACUUGAAAAUAACUUUGUUUCUGUUGGUAUUUUCCCAAUUGGAAUCGAUAUUCAGGCAUUAAAUGAAAAAAGGAAAGAUCCGGAGGUACGUGAAUGGAUUGGGGUACUCGGUGAAAAAUAUCAUGGUAAAAAAUUAGUAGUUGGUCGUGACAAGUUGGAUUAUGUUAAGGGAGUCCGUCAAAAGAUGCUCGCUUUUGAGACCUUUCUAACGAUGCACCCCGAAUGGCAAGGAAAGGUCGUUUUAAUUCAAGUGGUGCUUUCUACCACUGAGCAAAAUGAACUACAAAGUCAAGUAUCAGAUGUAGUUGCUCGAAUUAAUUCGAAGUUUAGUAACCUUUCGUAUCAACCAGUCGUAUAUCUUCAUAAAGAUAUUACUUUUAGUCAAUACUUGGCGCUUCUUUCAGCAGCUGAUAUGUGUCUUAUCACUUCAUUACGCGACGGAAUGAAUUUGACAUCACACGAGUAUGUGAUUUGUCAAGAGGAAAAGCAUCGACCAUUGAUCCUUAGCGAGUUUGCUGGAACUUAUGGAAGUUUCGGUGCAGCUAUACGUAUUAAUCCAUGGGAUUAUCAAAUGCUACAACUAAAUGGAAGUGCACAAAAUUGGACGGCAAGUUUUGUUUCAGAACUUGAAAAGGUUCAUAGUGAUAUGCAACGACGCUUUUCAAUUCAUAUUCCUCAUUUGAGCCCAAGAUCUUUUUUGGGAGAAUUCAAACAAGCUCAAAAAAGAUUGAUUUUGUUAGAUUAUGAUGGUACGCUCGCAGCUUAUGAAAAAGCCCCUAACACUAAUGCUUCGACAAAACGUCUCGUUGGUCUGUUAACUAGACUUACAAGUGAUUCACGUAACGUGGUAUAUGUAAUGAGCGGAAGAACAUUCGAAAGUUUAGAAGAACAAUUGGGGGAAGUACCCAAUUUAGGGAUGAGUGCUGAAAAUGGUUCAUAUUUGAAAUUAAUCGGUGGUAAAUGGGAAAAUUUAUUUACCGAUUUGGAUAUGAGCUGGAGGGACCAAGUGGAUGAGAUUUUCGAGUAUUAUACCGAAAGAACUCCAGGAUCGCUUAUAGAAAAAAAGAAUGUGUCAGUUGUUUGGCACUAUCGUACGGCCGAUAAUUCUAGUUAUGGCGCUUGGCAAGCUGCCGAAUGUCAGAACCAUAUUCAAGACGCAUUAGGAGCAACAUAUCCAAUUCACGCAAUUGCUGGAAAUAAAAACAUUGAGGUUAUGCCACGUAAUAUCAACAAAUCUGUUGCUGUUAGACAAAUUCUUACAACAAUAGAACCAGAUUUUAUUCUUUGUAUGGGAGAUGAUCGAACAGAUGAAGACAUGUUCGAAUUUGUAAAUAAGUUGGAAAAUGUUAAAACAGCAAUAACUUGCACAGUUGGAUCAAAGAGUAGCGAAGCAAAAUGGUUUGUUAGUGGUGUAUUAAGGUAA